AUGUGCUUAACUGGAAUUUUCCGAGAGUCUUUCAAAGUCUUGACGAGUCUCGAGUACUAUAUAAGUGUGGUGAGAUUGUACAAACUAACACACCGAACAUUUGAGUUGUGUAACAUUCCGAUGGCCUUACUGAUCAGUGUUAUGCAAGCUACAGUGUUGUUUCUGGGGAUCUUAGUGCCUGCUUUUAAGACUGCAGGGGCACAACCCAUAGGCGUGUGUAAUGGGAGAAACUUAGAUCCUCGGCCAAGCGAAGAGGACACAGUGAGAUUGUACAAAGACAACGGAAUUGGAAGAAUGAGGCUCUACGAUCCCCUUCAUGCCACUCUUGACGCUCUUAGAGGGUCCAACAUAGAGCUCAUUCUUGACGUGCCAAACACGGAACUUGAAUCCCUUCAAGAUUCUGUUGCUGCAACAAAUUGGGUUCGAGACAAUAUUUUAAAUUACCAAGAUGUCAAAUUUCGUUACAUUGCUGUUGGAAAUGAAGUUGAUCCUGACAACGAUAGUUCCCGGUACCUUAACUUUGUUCUCCCCGCCAUGAGAAAUUUGCAUGACGCAAUUGUAGCCGGAGGGUUACAAGAUCAAAUCAAGGUUUCGACCGCCACAUAUUCUGGUCUCCUUGCUCGAAAUUCGUUCCCUCCGUCACAGGGUGCAUUCAAAGACAGCGCACAAGGGUUCAUGCAACCGAUCAUUCAGUUUCUAGCUGAUAACAAUUCGCCAUUGCUAGCAAACAUUUAUCCAUAUUUCAGCUACCAAAAAAAUCCUGACGAAAAUCUUCAAUACGCUUUAUUUGAGCCAACAAAUACGGUUGUAUCAGAUGAAGGUACCGGUCUUCAAUACACGAACCUCUUUGAUGCAAUGUUGGACACUAUGUACUCGGCUGUGGAGAAAUUGAGUGAUUCGAACAUCAAUAUAGUAGUAUCAGAGAGUGGAUGGCCUUCGGAAGCCGGUAAAGACACAACUGUAGAGAAUGCAGGGACUUACUACAAGAAUUUGAUUAAUCAUGUUAAAGAAACUGGGACACCGAAGAAACCAGGGAAUAUCGAAACCUUCUUGUUUGCGAUGUUUGAUGAGUACCUCAAAGAGGGGGACGAGACCGAGAAGCAUUUCGGGCUUUUCGACCCCGCAACUAGGCAACCCAAGUAUGAUCUCAGUUUCAGCUGAACUUUCAUUCACUGUGUUAUGUUUUUACAGAUAAUUCACUUAAUUGCCUGCAAAUGAGUAGGCAAAGAAUAAAAAGUCAAUUCAAAGAAAGAGUUCAUGAGUUUGCACAGGGUUUAUCUUCUGUUUUUCCAAAUUAUAUGGGUUGUAAGUUUGUAAUUUAUAUUUGUGAAAAAUAAUUAGUUUGCGAUUCACCUGUUGUAUUAGUCAUAUGUACGUUCUUGCCGGGAAUAAAAAUAAUAAAACUUCAUAAGGUUUUUUCUUUUUCCAA